AUGUCCUCUAUACAAAAAAACAUCAUUGUUUUAUCAACGUCAUCGAGGCAUGACCAACGACACAAACUAACAAUGGCGGAAAAGAAAGCCAAAAAGAAGAAUGGUCCACGCCUGGAGUUGACUAAGGAGAUGAAGGCGGAUCUCAGGGAGGCAUUUGAUGUAUUUGACGCUGACGGGUCGGGGACGAUAGAUGCUAGUGAACUCAAGAUAGCCCUACGCGCUCUUGGAUUCGAACCCAAGAAAGAUGAAAUGAAGAAGCUGGUGGCAGAAAUAGAUACCGAGGGAACUGGUAUCCUCGAUUUCGAUGAUUUUUUAACGUUAAUGACGAAGAAGAUGACAGAGAAAGACGACACCGAGGAUCUACAGAAAGCUUUCUGGUUGUUUGACGAGGACGGGACGGGGAAGAUUUCCCGCGCUAACCUGGACCGCGUGGCCAUAGAGCUAGGGUACGACCCCGACAAGAUGCAGGACGAACUACAGGAAAUGAUUGACGGGGCGGAUCGAGAUGGGGAUGGAGAAGCUUCCUCCAAUCAGAAAAACUCAAAAAUAACUCGGAAAACCCAUCUAAAAUUGACAGAAGAACAAGAAUUGGACCUUCGGGAAGCCUUUGACAUAUUCAGUAGAGGCGGUGAAGAGAAAGGAGAUGGUACGAUAGAUGCCGAGGACCUUAAGAUUGCAUUGCGAGCUCUUGGUUUUGAGCCGAAACAGGACGAAAUCGGAAGACUUAUCGCUGACGUAGACAAAGAUGGAAAGGGUUUGUUAGACUUUAACGACUUUCUGGCCAUAAUGACGAAGAAAAUGACCCAGAAAGACGAGACAGAGGAUCUAGAGAAAGCAUUCCAAUUGCUGGAUCGGGACGGAGACGGAAAAAUUAAUUCCGGCGAUCUUAAAUGGGUGGCUUCCGAGCUUGGUUACUUUACAGGAACUAUGGCCGAGGAACUCCAGGAAAUGAUCGAUUUUGCUGAUCGUGAUGGUGAUGGUUUGGUCAACGAACGGGAAUUCCUCAAAUUCCUUAAGAAAACCUCGUUUGAUUAA